AUGGUUUAUACAGUCCCUCUCAUAAUUUUCAUGGACGAUGUCUCGGGCAACAUUUUGAAGCAGUGGAACAAGCACCACACUAUUUAUAUGUCAAAUGCAAACUUACCUCGUGAAAUGCUCGAGAAGGAGUUCUUUGUGCGAUUUGUCACAUCGUCACCCCACGCUACUCCAAUGGAACUGAUGCGAGCAAUGAAAGAUUCUCUUUGUAAUGCAGCGCAGUCUGGCGUUGUUGCAUGGGACUGUAAAGAUGAGGAGGAAGUUAUGCUCAUUCCGUGUGGACUUUUUCUUGCUGGCGAUAAUCCUAUGCAAGCCGAGGAAUGCAGUCAUGCAGGCCUUGAUUGCAACUAUUUCUGCAGGACGUGUAACGUUGGCGGCACGAAAGAAUACAAGGCAUCUGAAGAGGGUUACAACAGUAUAUUCAAGUCAGGUAGUUUACGAACACCUGAAAAGACCACUGACAACAUUCAACAUCAAUUUGAAGCUGCAAUGAAAUCGGGUGCCACGACAAAAGUGCAGAGUGCCAUUUCUUCCACAGGUGUUCGUGACAGGAUCAACAUCCACUUGGAUACGCCAACUGAAAUCCUCCAUACAGUAUUGUUGGGCGUGGUGAAGUAUUUUUGGGGUCAGAGCGUGUUUAUCCUGGAGAAAGCCAAGCUGCUGCACAUUUUUCAGAGCCACCUCGAGUCUGUUGACAAAGACGGACUGAACGCACCCUCUCUGAAUGCUGACUAUAUAUGUCAUUAUAAAGGCGGUUUAAUAGGUAAACAUUUCAAGAGCCUAGCCCAAGUUAUGCCCUUCCUGGUGUAUGACCUCGUCCCCCAGACAGUCCUCAAUGGGUGGUCCGUUAUCAGGGAACUUGUCGUGCUCAUUUGGCACACGACAAUACCAGAUACUGAAGAAUAUCUCCAUUCAUAUGUCGUUUCGGACCUGCAAUCAUAUUCUCCACUGAGAGAUAUGAAUCAUUCAAUCACAUUUUCCGACUGUCGUGCAUUCACAGCAAUCGACGUGCGCCCAGCAGGGACACUUGUCGACUCUUCGCGUACCAGGACAUCGUGA